AUGCAUAGGCCACUGAGGGGGCAGACAUCGUGGCAAGACUUACGGAAGUUAGGCCACCAGAAAGAAAUCACUGUGUAUCAUGUUACUGAACAUGCACCUCUUGCUUCCCCUGGGAAUGAUGAGGCUCACGCUCUAGCCAAGGUUCAGUGGCUAGAAAUGAUGCCUGCCAGUUCCUCAGGAAGCCUUCGUGUGUCAUGUGAAAGCCUCAGUGUGCCUGUAGCUAUGACCCUCCUUCAUCCCUCUCCAGAAGAGGAGAAGAGGAAACACAAGAAGCACUUGGUUCAGAGCCCAAGUUCCUACUUCAUUAUUGUGAAAUGCCCGAGAUCCUAUAAAAUCACCACUGUCUUUACCCAUGAACAAAUGAUAGUUUUGUGUGCUAGUGGCUCCACUGUCCUCUCUCAGAAUCCAGAAGGAAAAGCAAGGCUUACAGAAAGAUGCUCCUUCAGAAGGAAACAGCACUAAAAGCACCCUGAAUCAAAAUGAGUGGGGAACCAUCCCAAUAAACACAUUUUGGAUACAUCCUGUUAAAAAAAAAA